AUGGUGACGACGACGAGGAUGCCGACGAUGAGAGUGCAGAUUCGCGCGCUCAUCGGGAAGGGCGGCGAGACUGUGCAGGAGAUCCGGAGGAACAGCGGAUCGGAGGUGAAGAUCGACCAUCAGCCGUCAGAUCCGUUCGGAACGGUCACCAUCAUCGGAGAUCUGGUCAAGACCGAGGCUAUGAUUCAGGAGGCGCUGAACGCCAAGGGCUGUCCCCUGGGGGUUCCCGCCCGAGUGCCGGCCACGCCGGGGGCUGUGCCGACCCCGACACCAGGGCCAAUUAUUCCUGGAGCGCCGGGACAGCCGAGGGAGAUCUCGGUGCCUUCGGAAGUGGUCGGUGGACUGAUAGGUCCUGGUGGCUCCGUCAUCAACGACAUCCGGCAAAGAGCCGGAGGCAAAGGGCAGUGCCACAUCUCGGUGUUGCAGCCACAAGUCCAAGGAGGGCCUCAGAUUUGCCGCAUCACCGGCCCGGAGGAGCUCCUCCAACAGGCCGAGGAGCUAGUGCAACUCAAGCUGCAAGAGCUGAUGACAACUCGUGGCAUCCGACCGUCGGGUGGCUUCGGACCGACUUCAUCCCCAGUCUACCCACAGGGCCGACCUGCUGGCAUGAUCGCACCCAAUUUACCGCUGCGGCCGGCCCUGGGCAUUGGGGGCGGCGCAGCCAGUGCCGAAGGGUCCUAUGGCAGUGGCAUGAACCCGGCUGGCAACAGACCGUCGCACGUCGGUCAGCAGUCGGUGUUCACCCGUCCGAUCAACCCUGGGCUCGGCGGCCCACGGGUGAUCCCGCCACCUGCGGAGCCGCUGGGUUCGGGUGGCUACGGUGGCGGUGGGUAUGGUAUGGGGCCAGGCUCCGCCAAAGGUGGGUGCAUGGGCGGUGAAGGCUACGAAGGGUAUGGUGACGACGGAAGCUGGGGGGAGGGCUGCGGCGGCGCGGAUUCCGGUGCCGCAUGGACCAACGGAGGCUAUGGUGGCGGCUGUGGCGGUGGCUGCGGCGGCUGCGGAUGUGGCGGACCCGGCUGCGGCGCUGGCGAGUGGGACGAGUCGUGGGGGGCCGGUCAGGAGCAGUGGGAUCCGUCUUGGCAGGGUGAGUGGUCAGGUGGGCCUGGAUACUAG